AUGCUUUCCCCCUUGGUGGAGCCCUUCUUCCGGGCGAUCGAGGCCCUCGGGCCCGUCCUCCUCUCCGAGCCGAGCCCGUCCAACGUCCGGCGCUUCCGCAUGACCGUCCACUGCCUGUACCUGCUCACGCUGAAGGGCCUGGCCCCGGGGCUGCACAUCGACCGGAUGCUGGACCUCGGCGCGCUCAUGCCCCAGCCGGGCUUCUUCAUCACCGACAUCCUCUUCCAGUACCUGGUCACCCUCCGGAUGCUGGUCCCGCUAAUCCACAGCCUGCCCGAGGUCGAGCCCCUCCUGCAGAUCGUCUUCAACAUGACGCUCCUCCUGAAGGCCGACAUCCCGCGCGGGUCCGGCAUCCUGGGCCAGGUGUUCUUGCUCCUCCACGCGGCCAUCCCUCAGAUGGCCGACGCCCUCGAUCGG